GUGCCCGAUCCUCACGACAGCGACCAGCAUCCACUUCAAGACGACCUUGCCACACCACUUCCAACCGUCCUAGACAAUCUAGGAAACGAGUGGUUAGACUGGGAUAAUCCAAUCCUUAGCCUCGCCGAGUCCGCGAGUAACUGGCAGACUAAAGCAGAUGCCGUUCAAUUUUCACCAGCCCUGCCACCCACGCUGAUUCAUGAGCCGACACCUUCGGACCUCCAGACUCUUUACGUCAACAUGAGGCUUCCUUUCCAUACGUGUCGAUACCAAGACAACCGCAUGAUAUUCUUGGAUCCCUCGUCUAGAGACCGAAAUUGGGCCCCAAAACACAAAGAACCGCCAGUCUUAUCCUGCAAACCCUAAAGUCAUAUCCUCUCAUGAUUUUACGGCAUAACUCGCUGCCACCGUUCAUCCAUGCUCGCAUGAUGGCGUCUUCUAGUGCCGAGAACGACAACAUGGAGCCACUCAACAACUGCAUCAAUAUGAUCCGCAGCGGGGUUCCGGGGAACCGGAAAUUGUUCUGGAGAAACGUACGGAUGGAGUGCAAACGGUUCUAUCAAGAGUAUCACGGGUGGAACAAAUGGCAAUUGCUGGCUGCCAUACAGGCGGUUCUUGUUUAUCUCAUCUUCAAGGUAGAUGAGGGCCAAACGGAUUACAACAACAGCCUUGAUUCGCUGUUGGUUGCGGCUAUAGUUGCACUGGCUACACAACUUGGUACCAUUGAAAAUGCACCCGAAAAUGAUCUGGAAUCAGCUUGGGAUAAAUGGAUCUUUAAGGAAUCGAGACGAAGACUAUGCGUAGUGUACCAGGUCGUUGACAUGCUCGUUUAUUUUGAGCCGGCGGGCAUGUGCAAUGUUCGGCGACGGACAGACCUUGUCAUCGCACCACUGCCGGCCAAGAAGCGGCUCUGGGAGGCAGGAGACCUGUCGGCGUGGAAGGCGGAGAACGAGAAGGAAGAAGCCGAGGCCCGAGCUGCCUUUGCGCUGGCCGGCAGCGGCGAACUCGUCAGAAUCGACCCGGCCGAGCUGGAAUGCAUUAGUGAUGUGGCGCGGCUGAGGCACACAACCCCAGAUGCCGAUACCCCGGACCCGGUGACUGGUGCUCGGGGAUGGAUGGGUUUGGAGGCCUUGUUAUGCUUGCUGCAUCGUUGACAGAAUAGUCCUAGCAAGCAUUUGAUCAGGCGAGCCAACCGCCAACGUUUGGAUCUCCAACCCUGCUAGGAGCCUUCAAGCUAUCGUUGUUGUCAGUGUCACUGAGUGCGAAGUACUUGUGCUACCGGUGUUGCUUUCCGGUCUCGGGACGGAAAACGGGAGUGCUCGUUUCCAGGGGCGGAUUCGGUCGCCCCA